AGGACCCCGGCCCAUUUUUGCUACUUGGAGUCACUUUCCUCGGUCGGCUCUACUUAAUCUCUUCCUCUUGUUGUGGUCAAGGGUCUUGAAGGUCUCUGUGUCUGUUUGAACGCAUUCACCCCGCUGCUGCACCCUUCCCUGUUACACUGUCCCGCGAUCCACGCGCACCAGGACGGCAAUGCUUCUUUCCCAAACCCGUGGGCGUAUGCCCUCCGCUCUCCGGAGCAUCGCCAAGCGCUCUUUGCUGAACAGUCGCCCUCUGUCCACCACUCUGCCGAAGCAACAGAACGGUAACGAUGACGAGUAUACUGGCCUCAACAAGGUCUCCCGCCACAUCACCCAGCCCAUCUCCCAGGGUGCUUCCCAGGCCAUGCUGUACGCCGCUGGCCUCACUGAGGCGGACAUGAACAAGGCUCAAGUCGGUAUUUCGUCUGUCUGGUACAAUGGCAACCCCUGCAACAUGCAUCUGCUCGAUCUCAACAACCGUGUCCGCGAGGGUGUCCAGAAGGCUGGUUUGGUCGGAUUCCAGUUCAACACUGUCGGUGUUAGUGAUGCUAUCAGUAUGGGUACCAAGGGAAUGCGCUUCUCUCUCCAGAGUCGUGAUCUGAUCGCCGAUUCUAUUGAGACCGUUAUGGGUGGUCAAUGGUAUGACGCUAACAUCAGCAUUCCCGGCUGUGACAAGAACAUGCCUGGUGUGUUGAUGGCAAUGGGACGUGUGAACCGCCCCAGUUUGAUGGUCUACGGUGGUACCAUCAAGCCUGGUUGCGCCUCCAUGCAGGGUAACGCCGACAUUGAUAUCGUCUCCGCCUUCCAGGCCUAUGGUCAGUUCAUCAGCAAGGAAAUCACCGAGCCCCAGAGAUUUGACAUUAUCCGCAACGCCUGCCCUGGAGGUGGUGCCUGCGGUGGUAUGUACACUGCCAACACCAUGGCUACUGCUAUCGAAGUCAUGGGCAUGACCCUUCCUGGAUCCUCUUCCAACCCCGCCGAGUCUGACGCUAAGUACCUUGAAUGUCUUGCGGCUGGUGAGGCCAUUAAGACUCUGCUCAAGGAAGACAUUCGUCCUUCGGAUAUCCUGACUCGCCAGGCUUUCGAGAACGCCAUGGUUUUGGUCAACAUCACUGGUGGCUCCACCAACGCCGUUCUUCACUUGAUUGCCAUUGCGGACUCUGUUGGUAUCAAGCUGGAUAUUGAGGACUUCCAGUCCGUCUCCGAUCGCAUUCCUUUCUUGGCGGACCUCAAGCCUUCCGGCAAGUACGUCAUGGCUGACCUGCACAAGAUUGGUGGUACUCCCUCUCUGCUCAAGUUCUUGCUGAAGGAAGGUCUCAUCGAUGGCUCUGGCAUGACUGUCACCGGUCAGACCCUGGCUAAGAACUUGGAGAAUGUGCCGGACUUCCCUGAGGAUCAGAAGAUCAUCCGUCCCCUGUCCAACCCCAUCAAGGAGACUGGCCACAUCCAGAUCUUGAGGGGUUCUUUGGCCCCUGGUGGCAGUGUCGGCAAGAUCACUGGUAAGGAAGGAACCGUCUUCACUGGAAAGGCUCGCGUCUUUGAUGAUGAGGAUGAUUUCAUUGCUGCUCUCGAGCGCAACGAGAUCAAGAAGGAGGAGAAGACCGUCGUUGUCAUCCGCUACACUGGUCCUAAGGGAGGACCUGGCAUGCCCGAAAUGCUGAAGCCCUCUUCUGCCCUGAUGGGUGCCGGCCUCGGACAGUCCUGCGCCCUGAUCACCGAUGGCCGUUUCUCCGGUGGUUCUCACGGUUUCUUGAUCGGACACAUUGUUCCUGAAGCCGCCGUCGGUGGCCCCAUUGGCCUGGUCAAGGAUGGUGAUGUUAUCACUAUUGACGCCGUGAAGCGUGUUCUGGAUCUUGAUGUUGAGGAGACCGUCCUCGCGCAAAGAAGAAAGGAGUGGGAAGCCGACAAGGCUGCUGGCAAGCUCCCUCCCACCGGCCUGACCCUCAGAGGUACUCUUGGCAAGUACGCUAGAACCGUCAAGGAUGCCAGCCACGGCUGUAUCACCGACUCUCUCGAGUAAUCGGGAUGGCAUAUAUGAUUAUAUGUUCUUCUUUGCGUCCGUAUAUUCUUCGAAAGUAACUUGUGUCUUAUAUCAAUCUCUUUUUUUCUUUUCAGCUACUCUAUCUGGGAUGAUUUUGGGUCGUUUUGAGUCUGGGACCGCACGUGGCUACUGUUUUGUAUAGGCGAAUUGAAACGAACCAAAAGUGCUGCUUGUUAUGACCUCACUAUAUGGUCUCGUGUAUUUACAGAAGAUCAAAUACAGCAAAUAAUAUUGUUAAGAAAUC